AUGACCGGUUCAAUGCCAUCACUCAAGUUGGUUUACUUUGAUGCUCGCUCCAAGGGCGAAGUGAUUCGUUUGUGUAUGCACGUAGGCAGCAUCCCAUUUGAGGAUUACAGAGUCGUUCGCUCUACCGAAUGGCCAUCGUUAAAGCCGCAGACUCCCUUUGGGCAAUUGCCCUUACUAACCAUUGACAACUCUACCACUAUUGCUCAGUCCAAUGCCAUCCUCCGCUAUGUCGGAACACUAGCUGGUCUCUACCCAUCCACAGAUCUGCUCAAUGCUGCUUUGGUUGAUCAGAUCGUCCUGCAAAUAACGGAUAUCCGCAACUUGCAUAAUGCUACCAAAAAAGAUCCAGAUCCUGUUCGAGUUGUUGCUACUAGAGAAACUCUAGCUACCACCUGCUAUCCUGCCAUGUUUGGCUAUCUAGACAAAACCAUUGCUCAACAUUCGGCUGGAAUAUGGGCAGUUGGCCAUACCCUCACUAUUGCUGAUCUGAUGAUAUAUGCUAAUGUAUCUUUUAUCAAAGAUGGACAAUGGGCUGGCAUUCCUGCAGACCUUGUUGAUGCAUACCCUAAAGUAUGUGCUAUAUACGAAGCUGUCCGCUCCCAUCCAAAAAUUGUCGAAUGGGAAGCUGCACAUCCAAAAUAA